GCGACAACAUUAAUCAGCAGACAAUUCGCCUCCUUCACACGUGUUCACGCACAGAACACGUGUUAUUAUUGACACAUCUCAUCAGGUAUCCGUCAGUGUGCGUUGGACCUUCGUAACGAACAGACAACACGCGAUUGUUCUAAGUUUGAGACAACACAGAGCACAUAGCCUCUGUGCGUCGUGCAAAAAACAUCAUCGGCUCCCAGAGACGGCACUGUGAUCGCCUCUUGUUCUCUGACUUAAACAUUAAUUUGAUUAAAUUUGGCUGACUGAUAGCAGCAGAAGUGCUGCAGUGAGGGGCAACCGCUUGACCGGUUUCAUCAUUACCUGGGACUCAUCAGCACAGUGAGUAACCAGCAGGGAACGAAAGGCUGCAUGCAACGUAACGGGAACGUGUCCCGCACCACGCCGCACUCGCCUCCAUCCUCGAGACUAAGGACCAGGACCGUGAUAAGGAAAAACAAUUCUACUGCAGUAUAUACAUAAUAGGCAACGUUUCAGGCGAUGGGCCUUCAUCGCAUCAAAUGGGAGAUGAUGGUGUUGAUGAUAAUGGAUGACGAUACGUGAAUGUGGAUCAUGAUGAAUUGAUCAUUCCAAGUGGGUGACGACGAUGGUGAUGAUUACGAAAGAUGUGAACGGAUGAUGACGAUGAUGGCGACACAUUGUGAACGAGUGCGGCGAUGGAGAGACGUGACGAUGAGCAGCGUGGGUGACCGCGAUGAAUAUUUGACGGCGUGGGUCACGGAGGGCAGCCGCUGCUGCUGCUCUUGCAUAGACGAUCCCUCAUUAGCAAGGGUCGGCCUGUGCCACACACACGCACACACAAAGACAAAGGUCCCACGUAUAGACUGUUGGGGCAAGUGCUGUUUGCGAUAAGCACUUAUGAGAGGCGGCACGGCACACCAGAGGAUGGGGUGGACAAAACCACGCCAGGUCACCAGCUGUGCCUCCCCAGUGCUCACGUUUACGCACCACCACGCCAGGUACUCAUUUGAGGGCGAGUCGACCUAUGCGGAGGCCAGGACCGGUUCAGAUAAUCGUCAUUGGUGUUGGCCGCGAAAGAAAUCCGAACUAGGGUCUGGCCACCACUCCCCACACACGGACACACAAACACUUCAACGCGUGCAUCAAUAACACUGCCUUAAUAGGAAUACAAAAUUACGUAAAUAUAUUGUAUAUAUAUAUUUUAAGGCCACACAGUGAUGGUGUUGUUAUUAUUGUCGAAUGUGCCCGAGUGCUUCUUAUUUGUUGUGCUUGUGCACCACUGCCUAUGCAGCAGCAGCAGCGGCGGCGGCAGCAUCGCCAGAUGAUGUUUAAUACGCGGAGACUGACAAACACCGCACAGCGCCUUCCUCACCCCACCUCCUUCUCCCGCCCCUCGCCACCCAACGGUAUCCAUCGCACGCAUGCGCGAAGCUGCACAAGGGCAGGCAGUGUGCGACACUCCUAUCCAUCAUAGAGCCCGCCACCACCGCCGCACCAUCAGCAGCCACCAUCACCAUCACACAGUGCUAGCUAAUCACCAUCACCGCACCAUCAGCAGCCACCAUCACAAUCACACAGUGCUAGCUAAUCACCAUCACCGCACCAUCAGCAGCCACCAUCACCAUCACACAGUGCUAGCUAAUCACCAUCACCGCACCAUCACCAGCCACCAUCACACAGUGCUAGCUAGCCACCACCACGACACCAUCAUCACUCCCACCUCGCUGUUACCACCACACACUAUCAGUGAUCACCACCAUCGCACCUUUAUCACAACCAGCCCUUCAUUCAUCCGUUAUCGGAGCAGCGGACACGCGCUAAUCGGCAGACGCAGCCCUUGGAGGGGGGGGGGGGGGAGAAGCCGGGGUGGGAGAAAGGGGUGGGAGGGGGGUCUGCAACGGAGAUCACGCCGAGGGGAUCACGCCGAGAUCACGCCGAGAGGACCCGGGGAGGGAGCAGGAGCAGGAGGAGGAGGCGAUGGACUCGAGGACCCCUGGCCGAGGGGACGCCCCUGGGCACCCGCCCCCGCGCUACGGGGUGCGCUCCUACCUGCACCAGUUCUACGACGACUGCACGGGCGGACGCGGCGCCACCGCCUGGGACGGAGCGGCCCACGGCGGCGGCGGCAGGAGGAGCAGCCACGCGGGCAAGGGCUCCUCGGGGAGUCGGGCCGCCGGCUGGCACGUCACGCUGUGGAAGCUGUGCCUACUGACCGGCGUGCUGGUGACGAUGACCGGCGCGGCGCUGCUGGUGGCCGGGCGCGUGGUGCCGGCGCGCAUCGAGGAGUUCGGCAAGGACGACUUCUUCGUGGUGGACAGCCGCGCCGUCGCCUUCAACCGCGUGCUCGACACGUGCCGCGUGGCGGGCGCGGCGCUCUUCUGCCUGGGCGGCGCCGUGGCGGCCGCGUGCUGCCUGGGCUGGCUGCUGGCGCGCUGUGGCGGCGCGAGGGGCCGCAGGGGGCCCCGGCACGACUACCGCUACCGCGGUCACCGCGGUGGUGACGACGACGACGGUGCUGAUGAUGAUGAUUGUGACGCUACUGAUGAUGAUGACGAUUGUGAUGACGAUGGUGAUGACGCGCAAGCUGCUGCUGCUGCUGCCACCGCCGAUGAAUGUCAGCGAUUCGGCAAGAAGAUGAAGAAGCGUCGCGCUGAUGGUGGCGGCGAUGACGGCGCUGAUGGUGGUGGCGGCGAUGACGGCAGGCAGGACGCGGUGGUGAAGAAGGAGCCUGCCCGGGGCGUCACUCUGCAUCCCAGUUCAGCCACGGCUCGUUCCGCACCCCCCUCCACAUCCGCCUCUCUCUCCGCUCCCGGCCACGUGAUGGUGCCUUGCUCCCUUGCACGUCUUCUCAACGUGCAGCCAGCGUCUUAGCGACUUCGUGAGGUGGACUAACUGGGCGGGGGUGUGAGGUUGACUAGCU